GGGGCGUGAGCAGGGCGGGGCCGGAAUGCCUUUCGCCAGGCCGCGCCCCAGGCGAGCACAGUUACCGGCCUGCCACACGGGAUCAUGGCUGCAGCCACGCUAGGGCAGAUCUGGACCCGAAAGCUUCUGCCUCUUCCCUGGCUUCUGUGUGGGUCCAGAAGAUGUGUGUCCUCCAGUUUCAAGGCUGCAGACCUCCAGAUUCAGAUGACCAAAGAGCCACAGAGGAAGCCAGCCCCUAGCCAGCCCCUGCAGUUUGGAAAGACAUUCACAGACCACAUGCUGAUGGUGGAGUGGAACAGCAAUGCAGGCUGGGGCGCUCCGAGGAUCCAGCCCUUCCAGAACCUCACGCUACACCCAGCCUGCUCAGGUCUGCACUACUCUCUGCAGCUCUUUGAGGGCUUCAAAGCGUACAAAGGCAGAGACCAGCAGGUGCGCCUCUUCCGGCCGUGGCUCAACAUGGACAGGAUGCUACGUUCUGCAAGGCGCCUCUGCCUGCCAGACUUUGACAGACAGGAGCUGUUGGAGUGCAUCCGGCAGCUCGUUGAAAUAGACAAAGACUGGGUUCCCGAUGGCAGUGGAACGAGCCUCUAUGUGCGGCCUGUGCUGAUCGGGAAUGAGCCAUCUCUAGGUGUCGGUAUGGCCACACAAGCCCUCCUGUAUGUCAUUCUGUGUCCCGUGGACUCCUACUUCCCUGGAGACUCCAUGACACCUGUAUCCCUCCUGGCUGACCCCACGUUCGUCAGAGCCUGGAUAGGAGGAGCCGGUGACUACAAGUUGGGGGGGAAUUAUGGACCCACGGUGGCUGUGCAACGGGAAGCUCAGAAGAAAGGCUGCCAGCAGGUGCUCUGGCUGCACGGGCCGGACCACCAGCUCACGGAGGUGGGCACCAUGAACAUCUUUGUCUACUGGACUCAUGAGGACGGAGUACUGGAGCUGGCCACGCCCCCACUGAAUGGUAUCAUCCUGCCUGGAGUGGUUCGACAAAGCCUGCUGGAUCUGGCCAGGACUUGGGGUGAGUUCCGGGUGGCAGAACGCAAGGUCACCAUGGAGGAAUUAAAGCGGGCGCUGGAGGAGGGCCGGGUGCGAGAAGUCUUCGGCUCAGGCACUGCCUGUCAGGUCUGCCCGGUGCACCAGAUCCUGUAUGAAGGCCAGAACCUCCACAUCCCCACCAUGGAGAACGGGCCGGAGCUCAUCCUGCGCUUCCAGAAGGAGUUGAAGGCUAUUCAGUAUGGAGCCAGUGCCCACGAUUGGAUGCUUAAGGUGUGAUGUUAGGGGCUGUGCCCUCCGUGGUUGGAUCCGCAGACAUGCUGCAUCCAGUCCAGCGUCUUCUCCCAGAGACUCCAGAGAAGUGCAAUAGGGAAAGGUCUGUCCAGAUGCUGCAUCUCUACACCCUCACAUGGACAUUACACUCCAAAGCCUUAAGGGCGGGACCCAUGCUGUUUGGACCCCACCUCAAAUUUUUGGUCUCAGGACUCAGCUGCUCCAUGUCCUGGUGUUCAAGGGAGAACAUUGGCUUCUCAUCUAUAUCCGUUCUCAGGCCGGAUACCCGGUCCUCUUUUCUCUGUCCUUGCUGCUACUGUGAAAUAAAAUGCCAAAGAAGA